ACGGAACGGAACGAGAUUAUUCUUCAAGCAACCACGAAAGUACGUGGUGCGUGCGGAGCAGUAAAUUUUUUAGUGUUAAGUAAUUUAUUAAGUUCCAAAUCAAAAUGAGGGAAAUCGUACACAUUCAAGCCGGACAGUGCGGCAACCAAAUUGGAGCUAAGUUCUGGGAGAUCAUCUCCGACGAGCACGGUAUCGACCCCACUGGUGCCUACCACGGGGACUCUGACCUGCAGUUGGAGCGUAUCAAUGUAUACUACAAUGAGGCCUCCGGCGGCAAGUAUGUGCCCAGGGCCAUCCUGGUCGAUCUCGAGCCCGGUACCAUGGACUCUGUCCGCUCAGGACCCUUCGGACAGAUCUUCCGUCCGGACAACUUCGUGUUCGGACAGUCCGGCGCCGGCAACAACUGGGCCAAGGGACACUACACAGAAGGUGCCGAACUCGUAGAUUCAGUUUUAGACGUCGUACGAAAAGAAGCAGAGUCAUGCGACUGCCUCCAAGGAUUCCAGCUCACACACUCCCUCGGUGGCGGCACUGGCUCCGGUAUGGGCACACUCCUCAUCUCCAAGAUCAGAGAAGAGUACCCCGACAGAAUUAUGAACACAUAUUCAGUUGUACCCUCGCCCAAAGUGUCAGAUACAGUAGUAGAACCAUACAAUGCCACACUCUCAGUCCACCAGUUAGUAGAAAACACAGAUGAAACCUAUUGUAUCGACAACGAGGCUCUCUACGACAUCUGUUUCCGCACGCUUAAACUAUCAACACCCACGUACGGCGACCUCAACCACCUGGUGUCGCUCACCAUGUCCGGGGUCACGACGUGUCUCAGGUUCCCUGGUCAGCUGAAUGCGGAUCUCCGCAAGCUGGCCGUCAACAUGGUACCCUUCCCACGUCUCCACUUCUUCAUGCCCGGUUUCGCGCCGCUCACAUCCCGCGGCAGCCAACAGUACCGCGCCCUAACCGUACCCGAGCUCACUCAGCAAAUGUUUGAUGCCAAAAACAUGAUGGCCGCCUGUGAUCCGCGCCAUGGACGUUACCUAACUGUAGCCGCCAUCUUCCGUGGCCGCAUGUCCAUGAAGGAAGUCGAUGAACAGAUGCUGAACAUCCAGAACAAGAACUCGUCAUACUUCGUCGAAUGGAUCCCUAACAACGUCAAGACAGCCGUUUGCGACAUUCCGCCACGUGGUCUGAAGAUGGCCGCCACUUUCAUCGGCAACUCGACCGCUAUCCAAGAGAUCUUCAAGCGUAUCUCUGAGCAGUUUACUGCUAUGUUCAGGCGCAAGGCUUUCCUCCAUUGGUACACUGGUGAGGGCAUGGACGAGAUGGAGUUUACUGAGGCCGAGUCCAACAUGAACGACCUCGUUUCCGAAUACCAACAAUACCAAGAAGCCACCGCUGACGACGAAGCCGAUUUCGAAGAGGAGCAAGAGCAGGAAAUCGAGGACAACUAAACGUCUUCAACCGCCGACUUAAAACCUCUUUCUGCUUCUCCGUCACUUGUAACCAUCCCCCGCCCGUGUCGUACGGGCUAUCAGCAUUUCUUUGCUUUAGUAUUUUGUUUUAAUCAUAGUGGACAACACAUUUUGUUAACUAGGGAGUCCGUUAUCUGUAACACGAGUCGCGUUUACAUUCCCCAGUGUUUUCCUUGACCGAAGGGCGGCUCUUGGAUGUUUAUCUCAUGUAAACAGAUCCUUUCACGACGUGGCCCCUUCGACUGACCGUGUACGGUGCUGUGAACACAUUGAUGACACAAAAAAAGGAAAAGAUCUUUUUUUUUUUUUUAUAAGGCUGAACUUGAUUUUAAGACCUAAGUUUAAUUUUUAUAUGUAACCAGUGUAAGUUUACAUUGGCUUUUUAUCAAAAAAGCUAACAACGUACCGAUUUUUCGAAGUCUAUCAAAGUUUUUCAUUAUAUUCCAACUGGUGAAUAAUAAAAUUACAAUUUUA